UGCCAAAUGUCAGAAAGCCUGCCCCUCUGCUGGUUUGAUCCCUCCCGCGCCAAACUGGAACUCAAUCUGGACGAUGGCACAACUAAACUUCCCAAAAACUCUCACAGUCAUCUCAAAGUUGAUGAACUGUUGACAUCGCUGCCUGUUGCGACUGCUGGACUAUAAAUGCAUCAAAUUCUGCAGCCUGGAAGAUUUUUACUUGGAAUCACCCACCAGAUAGCCUGGCACAAGUGUUGCUCUAGUUUUUCCAAGAUGAUGCGUGCUGUAUGUGUUGACGUACCAGGAGGACCAGAGAAUCUGCUGCUGCGAACUGUCCCCAGACCUCAGCCGAAAGGUGGAGAAGUCCUGAUUAAAGUUCAUGCAACGGCCCUCAACAGGGCGGACUUACUGCAGAGGCGAGGGCUGUACCCGCCUCCCCCAGGUGAGAGUGACAUCAUCGGCCUGGAGGUGGCUGGCACUGUGGAUACUCUGGGCCCGGGGGUGAAAGGAGGCUGGAGGACAGAUGACCGGGUCAUGGCCUUGCUCUCUGGAGGAGGAUACGCAGAAUAUGUUUCUGUGCCAGAGGAGCUUCUCAUGCCUGUUCCCCAUAAUCUCCCUCUCUGCCAGGCUGCUGCGCUCCCAGAGGCCUGGCUCACCGCUUUCCAGCUGCUGGAUUUCAUAGCUCGGGUGAAGGAGGGUGAAGUAGUGCUGGUUCAUGCUGGAGCCAGCGGAGUCGGAACAGCUGCUGUUCAGCUGGUUCGUCUGUUUGGUGCCGUGCCCGUCGUUACUGCAGGGAGCCCCGAAAAACUGAAGAUGGCUGAGAACCUGGGAGCAGCAGCUGGGUUUAACUACAGACAGGAGAGCUUCGCACAGGGAGUCCAUGACUUUACAGGAGGAAAGGGAGCAAACAUCAUCCUUGACUGCAUCGGUGGGUGUAACUGGGAGCAAAAUGUGAGCUCUUUAGCCACCGAUGGCAGAUGGGUGCUGUACGGCACCAUGGGAGGCAGGUCGGUCGAGGGAGAGCUUCUGGGAAAACUGCUCUCCAAGCGAGGCCACCUGCUCUGCAGCCUCCUACGCUCUCGCAGCCUCCAGUACAAAGCAGAGCUGGUGAAGGCGUUCUCACACAGAGUGUUGCCAUGUUUCUCGGAGCAGCCUGCCUCCUUGAGACCAGUGAUUGACAGCACGUUUAAACUCGAGGACAUCGCAGAAGCCCACAGACACAUGGAGGCCAACAAGAACACGGGAAAGAUUGUUAUUAAUGUGAUUCCACAGAAUUAAGAAACUCAGUGGUGAACAGCUGCAGUAAUCUUCACAGAUAUGAGGUUACUCUAAAGUACAUUUCAUUUAUAUCACUGAAUCUUACAACACAGUGUUAUUUGUGUAAAACGUCUAAAAUGUUGAUUGUUAUUUUAAAUAUGCCUUUACCAACAAUAGUCCAAAGGUGUUUUUGUUACUUUUUUCAGGAGUGUUUCUUCCGCAGUAUCCUAAUUGAUGAUUAUUAAAUGCUUCUUUUCAGUAUUGUGAUUAUGCUGGAGAUUAAAGAGAAUUUAAAUUAA